AUGCCCCUCCGCUGCGCCGUGUCCCCUCUGGCCUCAGCCCACCAGAAUCCGCGCCAAUGGCUGCUCCUAUACAGCUUCACGGCAGCGCCGCCGUCACCGGCAAUGGCAGCAGCAACAGCGAGACGACCAUUCCAUAGCACCACCUCCCUCAGAGACAAUGCGAUCGACAAUUCGCGCAAUCACUACGAGACGCUGAAGCUACAGCCGGGGGCGACGCCGGCCGAGGUCAAGAAAUCCUUCUACACCCUCUCCAAAAACCACCACCCAGACCUCCACCCCAGCGACACGCACGCCGCUCAGCGCUUCAUGCGCAUUAGUGAGGCCUACUCGAUCCUCUCCGUGCCGGCCAAGCGCGCCGCCUACGAUCGAGACACCCUGCGCCUACACACGUCCUCCCACGGAUCCACCCACGGCCGAACACGACCGGGCGGCUCCUACUCGUCCACAAACCCCGCGGGCGGCCGUCCGGCGUCGGGCCUCAGCCGCCGCCGUGGCACUUUCACGGGCCCGCCGCCCAGCUUCUUCCGCAGCGGGGGCUGGGGCGGGCAGGCGGGCAAGCGGAGGGCGGCGCACGAGGAGAGCACGGGGGGCGGUACUGGGACUGGCUCAAGUUCGGAUCCUGGCUCCGGAUCAUCGCAUACGGGCGCGGGUUCGACAGGCGGCAUGGGACCCGGUCAGGACCCCUUCGGACACCAGGGCGACGUGCCGCAUUUCGAUCGCGAGGGCCACGAGCGCACGGGCCGGCGCCACGAGCGGCGGCGCGAGGCGAGGCGGUCGCAGGUGGACGGGCAGGAGAUCUCGUUCGAGCCGGAACGAGGCGUGGCGGGCAUGUUCUUCAUGAUUGGGGGCGUCAUCAUGGUGAGCUUCUUGGGCCCCUUCGCGAUAAGUAGACUCUGGGGCGGUGGUGGCAGCCGGAAAGAAAAAGAUAAGAAAGGCAAUGGCUGA